CCUCUCUAUUACUCCAGGAGCCCCUGUCUGAGUACAGCAGAGAAAAUGCAGAGAGCAAGCCUACAUGUUCGAGAGCUGAAUGCCGGGGAACACCAAAUUGUCAGGAGCUCUGGGCCUGGGACUCCUGGGGCUAACUAAGGCUCCGUGAUCAUGAGGUCUUAGGCACAGGAGCAGACCCAGCGCUCCUUGAGGACAGGCACCUGGCUUAACCUCUUUCCCACAGUCUUCCAGCAAGGCUGUUAACAGCUUUAGCGCAGAGACCAGGACUGCUGUGUCCAGCACCUAGGACAGCGUGGGAAGCUUCUGUUUCUACCAUUUGAUUCAUCUGUCUCCUUCCCAUCCUCCCUCACCGAGCCAGCGCUGUCGUCCAGAUUCCACUUAAGUCUGCUGAAAAGGCUCAACAUCAACUCCAUGGCCAACACCUCCAAAGUGUUUAAGAAGACCUGCUCCAAUGGGAAGCUUUCCAUCUACCUGGGGAAACGGGACUUCGUGGAUCAUGUGGACACAGUGGAACCCAUUGAUGGUGUAGUCCUGGUUGACCCUGAUUACUUAAAAGGCCGAAAGAUGUUCGUUAUGUUGACUUGUGCCUUUCGCUAUGGCCAUGAUGACUUGGAUGUGAUUGGUUUGACAUUCCGCAAGGAUCUGUAUGUACAGGUCCAGCAAGUGGUCCCCCCUGAGCCCUCCAGCCCCCAGGGGCCUCUCACAGUCCUACAGGAGCGACUGCUGCACAAGCUGGGGGAAAAUGCUUACCCCUUUACUCUGCAGAUGGCUGUCAACCUGCCUUGUUCGGUGACACUGCAGCCAGAUCCUGAAGAUACAGGAAAGGCCUGUGGGAUUGACUUUGAAGUGAAAAGUUUCUGUGCUGAAAACCUGGAGGAGAAAAUCUCCAAGAGAGACUCCGUGAGGCUGGUGAUUCGGAAAAUACAGUUUGCACCCCUGGAGCCAGGCCCUGGCCCCUCAGCCCAGACCGUCCGCCGCUUCCUUCUGUCAGCUCAGCCCCUACAACUCCAGGCCUGGAUGGACAGGGAGGUUCACUACCAUGGCAAACCCAUCUCUGUCAAUGUUUCUAUCAACAACUGCACCAACAAGGUCAUCAAAAAAAUCAAGAUAUCAGUUGACCAGACCACAGAUGUUGUCCUGUAUUCACUAGACAAGUACACCAAGACUGUGUUCACUCAGGAGUUCACGGAAACUAUAGCUGCCAACUCCAGCUUCUCCAAGAGCUUUGCGGUCACCCCACUCCUGGAUGCCAAGUGCCAGAAACAGGGCCUGGCACUGGAUGGCAAACUCAAGCAUGGUGAUACCAAUCUGGCCUCCAGCACGAUUCUUCGACCUGGAAUGGACAAGGAGCUGCUGGGGAUCCUAGUAUCCUACAAAGUCAGAGUCAACCUGAUGGUGUCCUGUGGAGGCAUCCUAGGUGACCUGACGGCCAGCGAUGUUGGUGUGGAGCUGCCCCUAAUCCUGAUGCAUCCAAAGCCAUCACAAGAGGCUGCUAGCUCUGAGGACAUAGUCAUCGAGGAGUUUACUCGUCAGGAGCCCGGCGAGGAGGAGAGCCAGGAGGCUUUGGCGGCAGAGGGAGAUGAGGGGAGCUGAGCACCUUGCUCUGGUGCCUCUGUGUGGGAGCCGCUCUGUAAUGCUCUAAUAAAUUGGCUUGUCCAGACAUGCCUGGUGAUCUCUUUGCUAUUUCUGCCUCCUGGAGGGUAAUGGAACUAACAAGAACAAGCGCCCUCUCUCCCUGUCAGUGAUUAGAUUACUCUGUAGCAGGUGCUUUUCCCUAAGUGACCCCCCAAAUUCCCUCUGGCAUGGCCACUCGCCCUCUGUGGGUCCUUCAACUUUCCCUUUGCGCCCUGGCCAUCCCCG